GUCAAAUCUGGAGACAACUUUGACCCACUGAACCAAAAUGGCGCUGCCCUUGGUACGUGAUGAUGUAAAACUGUUGGGCUCUGUCAAGUCAGUCAAGUCCAAGUAUUCUCUGAACAUCUUUUGACUACAGUAACUUCAAAACUGAAAGCCUAUCAUCCAAGAUGUCAAAGACCGUCCUGAGUGUGUGUGAUAAAUGUGUCAGAAAUCUGACGCGAGUAAACAAUUCAUCUGUACAUCAUGCAAGAACGCUGUCAGCCGGCGUCAAACUCAGCACAAAGCACCGAAGACGACUUGCCACUUCUCAGGCCCCUCCUGUCUUCUCAUUAGCAUCUCAUCAGCUGUCAAACCCCGGACAAGACAACGCGGCCGUGUGGAGGUCGUGUCAGUCUAGGGGGUACAGAUUCUCUUGGCUGAACGGUGACACGGGAGUGAGCAAAGCUGUUUCCGAGGCCGAGAAAAUAGUUGGUUACCCGACCUCUUUCCUCAGUCUGAGAUGCUUAUUUUCUGACGAACUCUCUACCGUUGCUCUUCACAUACGAAAAUUAGUGGGAACAAAACAUCCUCUUCUGAAAACUGCAAGAGGCCUAGUGUUUGAUGGUAAGCACAACCUUCAGAUGAGGGGUCUUCUGGUCAUGCUCAUCUCCAAGGCAGCCGGGCCAAAUCCUGACGCGGAGUACGCAGAGCAGGAGAUGGUCAGUGGAGUCUACCCAAAUCAAAGGUCACUGGCAGAGAUCACAGAGGUCAUCCACACGGCCAAUCUCAUCCACAAGGGCGUGGUCAACCUGAGAGACGUGCUCCCCGAGGACGGGCCCCUGUCCGACCUGGAGUUUGGGAACAAAAUGGCCGUGCUGAGCGGUGACUACCUUCUGGCCUCUGCCUGCACGGGGCUUGCUAAACUGGAGAACCCCACAGUCUUAGAAAAGAUUGCCCAGUCCAUCGGGGACAUGAUGACCGCUGAGUUCACCAACUUCUCAGACGCCAGCGGCCGCCCAGAGAUGCCCGACCACUGCAAGGGUCUCUCCGAUUGGCUGAGUCAGACGUACCUGUCCAUAGGUAGCCUCGUGGCCAAGAGUUGCCAGUCGGCCAUGAUUCUGGCUGGACAUUCGGCGACAUUUCAGUCCAUGGCUUUCGCUUACGGGGAAAACAUGGCGUAUGCUCAGCAGCUGUGUUCUGAUCUCCUGCCGUUCCUGCGGCGAGACGAGCUGUCCAGCCUGAGUCUGACGUCUGCUCCACUCUACAUGUACAAAGAGCAGGCCACGGCGGAGCAGUUCUCGCGUCUGCAACAACUGCUGGAGGCGGGGCCCGACAACUAUGAAAAGGUGGUGAACCUGGUGACAGGAAGUGGUGUGGUCCAGCAGUGCAAGGACCUGUGUGGUCAGUACAGGGACAAGGCCAUCGCCUCCCUCGGCUGCUACGCCGACUCGGAGGCCAAAGAGGCGCUCAUCAACAUGGUCACGGUCGUCAGUGAUGUCAGAUGAGAGGAAUCGGGUGAUCAAGAAAGAUGUCGGAUGAGGAAGAUGGAUCGAACGAGAAAGAUGUCAGAUGAGAGGAGAGGACUCAGACAAUCGAACGAGAAAGAAUGUGGGAAUUCUAAAAUUGGAAUUCUAAAGGAGAAAAUUGGAAUUCUAAAGAAGAAAAAAUGUUUCCUAUUGUGGCUUUUAACCCUCCAAGCAUUGCUAAAUAAUAGCCUGUGGUGGCAGGGGAAGUAAUAUGAUUUCGCCAUAAUAUGUCUGAAAAUGCUUGAGAACUGGCAAAGCAAGCAAGUCAAGGCCAUUAACCCAUACAUUUUCUGACAGUAGUAUUUGAAUAAGAAGAAGAGAUCAUUUGUGAGGGAGUUGAAAUGUUUGGCGAUGUGACUGAAAUGGGGAGAUAAACGAAACAAAAUAGCAACUCAAACUGUGGCCAAUUAAAUUGUCAGCGGCACCACACGCGAAACUUACAGCUGAUUUAAUUGGUCAUUUGGCUGUCGACGCCUGAGGGAUUAAGAAGUCAUGUUAUCUGUGGUAGUGGUAUAGUGUAUGUGAUAGGCGGUCUUUGUGACGACAAAGCUUAAUUUUGUGAUGUAUUUCAUUUUGUGCGUUUAAAUAGGCCUCUAGUCUGAUAUGCUCCCCCUGUCUCAAGACUUAUUCUCAACCUAAGUGUCCUUAGUUUUUCCUCCUGCAUGCGUCAAGUGUAAUGAUUAUAUCUGUUUGCUUUUGGCUCACCCUAGUUCUUCUACUCACAAGGAUACAUCCUACGCCUAGCUGCCAACCAGUAUGUCAAAAAUGUAUUAAAAUUAAAUACGUUUUUGAGUUUGGAAAUGUAUUUUCUUAUCGAAAAGUGAAACACGCAUUCUGUAUUUUAUUUUUAUAGUAAUAUGCCUCACGGGUUUGCCAAUGCUGAGGGAAAAGAAAUGAACUUUCACUACGGUACCACCAGAUUUGUGAACGAUAAUGAAAGACUAAGCCCAUAUGUCGUUUGGAAAGAUCUUUUGCUGCAAGUCUACUUUGAAUAGGUUGAAGCUCACCAUCUUAACUUGCUGCAUGGGUAGAGCUCAUUUCAUGGUUUGGAAAAGUUUGUAGCUAUGCAGAUAUCUACGUACAAGUAUGUGCGACAUUUUCGCACACGAGGCAACGUGUUUUCGUACAUGACAUGAAGCAGCGAGUAUUAGUUUCCCAGAGUUACAGAUCCGAGUGUAUUUGCAGAGACAAGAAAAUGGUGAGAUGGUUGCUUUGGGCCGCAUUUUGGGGGAUUUAGUGCAGGGAGAACUUCAUCAAGUUGAACUAUGGUAGAAAGAGUGAUUCUCAGUGUGUGUGUGUGAGUUUCUGUUUGUGCAAGUGUAUGGGUGGAUGUGUGUAGAGGCUACAUACAAAUGUGUGUGCGUUUUUAUCAUGAGUAUGAACAAAUGUGUGAGUGUGUAGAUAUAGUGUGGGUAUGAGCUCUCUAUCAAUGUACAUGAUGUAGUAGUUCACUUAACAGUCAAUGUGUAAUUGUGUGCAGCUGUUUGUUGAGAGGUUUUUCUGUAUUUCACACGGUAUAGUAGAGUGUCUGUGUCAGUUUUGGUGGGUAGAAUUUGCGCCUGAUUUUGUUUUUCCACUCUUUUUUUAUUUUUGUUUGUUUGUAUAAUUCUUUUUUUUUUUACGUUGAAAAAAGCGAGAAAAAAUAUAUGAUGUACAUUACGUACAGUACAGUUGUAAAAAGAAUGAAACAGGUUGGGUUUUUUUAAUCUGUCCUGUGAAAUUUUGCUUUCUGAACUCAGAACAUUUUACCAGCUUUCUGACGAUAAUGACACAUAUAUAUAUAAUUCUGACGUCCUCAAUAUCGUGGUCUAUUCCCAGGUUAACCCAUGGCUGCAUUAGAAGUCUUGUUGCGAUGAACAACUACUAGGCUUGCACUGAUUAUCAUGUCAUGAUAUAAAAUAUCAAAGCAUUUGCUUACCGUAUGUUUUUGGUAAUAAAUCGGAGAGAUUCUUUUGUGGACUGAAGACGACUUAUCACUAUUCUGCAGUAAGCUGACAAAACGCCUUUUUCUCUCUUCAGAGCAGUUUCGGGAAAAAGAGGCUUUUUCAUCAGCGUAAUCAUUUAGAAAUAGAGUAAAUCCCAAAUUUGAAUUCUAAUUAAUUCAAAAACUAGUCACUGUUUCAAUUUUGACUGUUUCACACAAGUAGUGUAACUGAUCAGGCUUUCGAUUAGCAAAUAAAAAAAUGUUGGCGCCAAAAUGAAAAAAAAAUAAUAAAGUCGUUUUGUCAGCUUACAGCAGUAUUACAGUCACCUUUUGUUAUGUCAGAACCAUUUUCUUGGGGGGGGGGGCUCAUUCUAUUAAAACAAAACAAUUUAUGUUUUUCUA